CGUCUCCCUGGCACUCUAUACCCGCUUGCUCGUGCUUGCGACAUCUCGCACCGCCCGCGAUCCAGCAACCUCCGGAGGCCUCGCCAAUCACACCCGUCGCCUUGCUCUCUUCUUGCUCUGCAGCUGUCCAAUCUCCCACCACUCGCCCGGCCUUGGAACAUGUCGCCUAUCGCGUCCAGACCAAGUCUCCGUCGACAAGGCCUCGGAACCAACUGCCCAGAUGCCGUCGAGCAAGACUCCCACCUGCGCCGUCGCCUGAUCUUCCUCCACCAGCAGCUCGCAAAGUACCGCCCCGAUGAGCUGCAUCCGUCGCCCGAGAUCAACGCCCUGUUCUCGGAGCUCGUCGGCCUCUGCAUCCAGCCGCACCCCGCUGCCCUGACCAACGAGCUCCUGGAGUCGCCCGAGCUGCGCGACGUCCUCCAGGCUCUCCGCAAGAUCGCCUCGAACGGCGAAUUCUGCAUGGAGCAGUACUGGACAGCCCGCCUCACCCGGCCCUCCGAGCCGACCUCCGAGCCCUCCGAGCCAACCUCCGAGGCCGUCCGCGCCUUUCCUUACUACCAGAACUAUGUCGAUCUAACCAGGAUGGAGCUCCAUGCCGUGGCCGCCUGCGCCGCCUCCGAGUGCGAGCCCAUCUCCCGGAUCGCCUUCCUGGGUUCGGGUCCGCUGCCGCUCUCCGCCAUCGUUCUGGCCGGCAUGGCCGGUCGCUUCCCCUUUCUGUUCAGCCCAGGUCUUGUCGUCGACUGCGUCGACAUUAGUCCGGAGGCCACCGAGCUCGCCUCGCGCAUCAUCGACCAGACCUGUCCAUGCUCGGACGACGGCUCGGCGGACAGCCCCCUGGUCCAGGCCGUCAAUGCGUGCGCCACCAAGGUUCCCCUCGAUGGAUACGACCUCAUCCACGUCGCUGCUCUCGUCGGCGAUAACCGCAAGGCCAAAGUCCAGGUCCUGAACAGGAUCGCCGUUGACGCCGGCCCAGACACCAUCGUCGUCAUCCGGAGUGCCGAUGGGCUGAGACGCAUUCUCUAUCCGACGGUCGAUGCCGACAUGGUCCGCGAGGCCGGGUUGGUGCUGCUCGGGACGUUCAUUCCGCACGGCGAUGUGGUCAACAGCGUCAUUGUCGCCAAGCGACCUGGCUUGGCCUGAUGCAGACAGCCGCUCCGAUUCCU